AUGGAGAAAAGGCGAGGUUUCAAGGAUGCUAAAAAGGGGUUUGUCAAUCGGCGGAACGGAAUCAUGAAGAAGGCAAACACACUUCAUCGUCUUACGGGGGCCCACAUUGCCAUCCUUGUUGAAUUCAACGGGGCAGUUUACUCAUACCAAUCCGACAAUCGUUUUUCAGCAGCUGUCAACAACUUUGAAGCCAAACGACAGUACGGCCCAGACAACUUCGACACCGUUGCCGACAGGGGCGGGCCGAAGGCUUCAUGUAGCCCUGACCCACAAAACCAGAUAGCCGCAUCCUCACUUGCUUCCAAUCCGCCGCCUUUAUCUCCUCCCUCCUGUUUUCCCUCGGUUAUGAAAAAACCAGCCAUAUCAUUAGGAAACACCUCAUCCGACACUACCUGUUUGCCGUCCUCUACUUCCCUCCACCAGCAGUCAAGCGAAACCGAGGAUUGCACAGCUAGGAUAAAGAUGGGAUUUGCGGGGCACCAGCGUAAAUCAGUUUAUCCGCUCGCUGCUGACUUCUUCUAA